AUGCGUUGUCUCUUGUGCACUGCGCUGCUCUUGCUGUGUUGUGCCUACGGGUGCAUUGCAGCUGUUGUGCAGCCGCUACCGCAGAGAGGACAGGGUCCCUGGGAUACGUACACCCUCUCUGUUCCUGGUGCUGAUACUGAUGUACCUAAGAAGGUUGAAGAGAAUUGGCAACCCAUUCGCAUUGCUGUUUCCUCACAUGGUGUUGCUUGGACCGUAAACCACUGUCUCUACAAAAAAGCCGGUGCACGUUGGCGCUACGCCCUUAACGACCCACAUUUUGACAAGGUUGUCUGUUAUCGACGUGAUGGAAUGACUCUCGAGAAAGCCAAUCUUUUCUUGAAUAAGAUUCUCCCUGCUGCUAUCAGCUUGCAUGCCGAACGUCUCAAGGUCAAGCGUGAGAGU